AUGAUUGCGUUAAGGGUGACGAUGAAGAUUAAUGAUCGACAUCGAACUAAAUGCGGUGGAGCAAGUGAAUGUUGGCCACCAUUACAGAUGGAACAUGCUUGUCCAAUGAGUUAUGAACAAACUGAAGAAAUGCUUCCAUUUCAAAGCUUUUGUGAUGAAAGUCAUGUAUAUAUAUCCUCUGAUAAUUAUACAAUAUCCUGUUUACCUCAUAUUCGUGUCAAUGAUAAAAUUGAUGAUUGUAUUCGAGCAACAGAUGAACCAUGGUUAUGUCAUCGUACAUUUAACUCAUAUGAUAGUUUUAUUCGUUUUCGAUGUUUGAAGGAUAGAACAUGUUUACGAGUAUCUUCAUUAUGUGAUCAGAAUGCGGAUUGUCCACUAAAUGAUGAUGAACAAUUUUGUAAAAAUCAGUCAUUUACUUGUCAACAAAACUCAAUUGAACAAAUCUUAUGUAAAUUAAAAGAAAAUAAUCAACAUCGAAUCAAAUUCUUCUCUAUUAUUACUUCAUCACCUUAUCCUAUUUUAACAAAACCAAAUGAACAAAAUCAAUUUGUCGAAAUACACAAAGAAAAAGAAAAUUCUACAAAUAUAAAAAAGAAUUCAAAAUUUUCAAAAGAAGAUCAGCAAUGGUCACAUUAUUGUAAAUCUGGAAUAAUGAUUAAAAAACAAAUAAAUAAUGGAACUUCAUAUGAAUGUUUAUAUUCAUCAAGUUAUUCUGAUAAUUUCUAUCAAUAUGAAAAUCAACGAAUUAGUUUAACAUUACAAUUAAGUUCAACUAAUCGAUAUGAAAUUUAUUCUAUUAUUAUUUUAUUAAAUAAUAAGGAAACAAAUGAAAUUGUAACAUUUAAUCGAUUUCAAUAUAUACCAAAAGAUAGUUGUACAAUUAAAUUUCAUCGAAUUCUUUUAUAUUGA